AUGGCUGACGCUGGCGCUGAGCAGGCCCCAGUCGGUGGCGCCGACGAUGCCGCCGCCGCCCCAGCCUUGCAGGCCUUGCAGGACGUGUCGUCGAUUGGGCCUCCACAGCAAGGCCGCGGAGCCAAGGGGCAGUACGUGUACUGGAUCACCCAGGCGCAUCCGAAGCCGGAGACGGUGGAGCGCCUGGGCCUGAAGACCCCGUCCGACUUCACCAGGGAAGAAUUCAACGCCAUGGUGGUCCAGGUUCACACUGCCAGUGGCGUGACCUUGGAGGAGACGGCUACUUUUCGCGAGCCCCAUGAGAAUGGGCUCCCACACAACAGUUGCUUAGUGCGGUCACUGGCGCAAUACAAGUGGAAGAAGGUAGCGGGAGUGUUCAGACAGAGCCACAAGGCGCACGUUGACUUUGCCACCCACAUAAAAACGUGGGCGGAGGGAGUGGUCUACGGCUGUGUGGCCUCAGACCACAAACAGCCUGAGGCCUUGGACCAAGGCCCCUUGCAGUGGCGCAGAGAUGGAGGAAACCCGUUGCCCUUGAGCGAGUGCCUCCCGAAGCGGUGGCAGAAGGAAGGAUUCGUCCGACACGCGAAACUUACCAGUCUGGCUUUCGGAGACCUUUGCCGGGGGCACAACGUGAAGACGAACGCAGACAUGCGGGCGACGGCGGCUCUUUUGGCCAAGGGCGGGGACCGCGCCAUGCUGGCGUACCUGCACGACAACGACGGGGAGGCGAUGUUCGCCAAGGUGCUCAAGGCGCAGCAGGCCCAGGAGAAGGCCAGGAGGGCGGGGCUCACGCGGGAACAGCUGCUGGAAGAGUGCUUCGUUGGUGGUAAGUGCGGGCGCGAUCGCGAGGGGCUGCGCUACGACAUGAUGAAGAAGCUGCUUCAGAAGAACGGCUUCGACGGCCCCCUCCAGGCCGCGGUGCUCGGCGCGCCGAGAACAGGCAGGGCGAAACAGCGUGCGAUCUGUCUGGUCGGCGCUGGAGACUCCGGCAAGAGCUCCCUCUUCAGGGGCUUGACGCUGGUGCACGACACCUACAAGAGGCCUGACAGGGGGGAGUUCGCUUUCUUGAGCGAUUUCGAAUACAACACAGCUGCGGAGGCGUGGAUGGACUGGUCGUACUUCAAGGACUUCUUGGAGGGCGAGACAGUGAACGUCGGGAGGCCCAAGAACAGAGGCGGCGACGUGAUGCGGGAGGGCACGGCUCCGAUCCUGAUCACUGCGCCCGACAAGAUUAGGCUGAUGCGCGACGGGCGAGAGGACAAGUACGAGACAGACCAGAUGGACAGGCGAAUCCGUUAUUGCUUCUGCACGUACACCGUCCCCACAGAGGAGCGGCAGGAGGCCCUGAAGCAUUGCGCCCACUGCACCGCGAGACUCUACCUUGAGGGGGGGCAGACUCUAGACGCGCCCGCAGCCGAGCCAGCCGAGCCACCGCCAGCAGGGGCCGCGCCAGGGGGGUCGAGGCCCGGGCCAGAGGGCGGCCAGUCCGCGCCCAAGCGGGCCCGCACUGCGGCCGAGUGCGUGGCCGAGCUGGUCGCCAUGAAGGGCCUCCUUGACAACGGUCUGCUGUCCGCGGACGAGUUCCAGCACCUCGAACAUAAUCUCUUGAACGGCAAUUAG